ACAUACAACACACACAAUCGCAAUAUCCUCACCCCUCUCUCUCUCUCUCUCUCUAAAUUCUCUGCCUUCUUUCUCUCUCUAAAAGAGCAGCCGCAAACCACAUGGCAUUGCCGAAUCAGCAGACUGUGGAUUACCCAAGCUUCAAGCUUGUAAUUGUUGGAGAUGGUGGCACUGGUAAAACCACCUUUGUGAAAAGGCAUCUUACUGGUGAAUUCGAGAAGAAAUACGAGCCUACAAUUGGAGUGGAAGUUCAUCCAUUGGAUUUCUUCACUAACUGCGGGAAAAUCAGAUUUUAUUGCUGGGACACUGCUGGUCAGGAGAAAUUUGGCGGCCUUAGGGAUGGUUACUACAUCCAUGGACAAUGUGCCAUUAUAAUGUUCGAUGUCACAGCUCGAUUGACAUACAAGAAUGUUCCGACAUGGCAUCGUGAUCUAUGCAGGGUCUGUGAGAAUAUUCCGAUUGUGCUCUGUGGGAACAAGGUUGAUGUCAAGAACAGGCAGGUGAAAGCAAAGCAGGUCACUUUCCACAGGAAGAAGAAUUUGCAGUACUAUGAAAUAUCGGCAAAGAGUAAUUACAACUUUGAGAAGCCUUUCCUGUACCUCGCCAGGAAACUUGCUGGCGAUGCUAACUUGCAUUUUGUCGAGUCUCCUGCUCUCGCUCCUCCAGAAGUGCAAAUUGAUAUGGCUGCACAGCAAUUGCAUGAACAAGAGCUUGCUCAAGCUGCUAGCCAGCCUCUUCCAGAUGAUGAUGAUGAUGCAUUCGACUAAGAACACAGACUGAUAAUGUGAUUAUUGGUCUCGGGUUUUUCUUGAUUGGGAUUCACAUGGAUUUUGUUUUGAAAUCCUUUUUAGUUUUGAGAUGAUGAAUACAUGUGGCUGCUUUACUUUCUUAUUGAAUUAUUACUUGUGGCUUGUAUUUUGUUUGCUCAUGGGAAGAUGUUUUUAAUCUUCAGAAUGUUAAAGAAUUAUUUCUGCUAUAAUCAAUUCUUAUAUACUUCUGA